UGACCCCUCUAUUUACUCAUGUCAUUCAAGGCAACCCGGGCCGCACGCUGGCACGCUGCAGUGCAGCGUUCAGCUUCAGCAGCGCCAUGCCAUUGCCCAGCGACUCUGGUUCUGGUGCGCGCGCCAUGUCGAAGCAGUUCAAGGUCCUGCUUCCUACUUCCUUCCACAAGCUUCGCAUCUCCGACGAGCUCGCCGGUUGCUUCGACGCCGGCGAGGGCGAAGGGGCGCCCGAGCCGACGGCCCUCGUGGUCAGUCCGUUCGGGAAGGUGUGGCGUGUGGAGGUGGUCCGGGACGGCCACGGUGCGUCGCUCGGGCGCGGGUGGGCGGAGUUCUUGGCCGCGCACGGCGUCGGCAUCGGCUGGUUCGUCGUGCUCCGUUAUGAGGGCGGCGGCGCGCUCACCGUCAAGGUGUUCGACACCAGCUUGUGCAUUAAGGAGUUCGGCGCUCCGGCUGCAGUUAUGCCAUCCAAAAGCUGCAAAAGUAUUUUCUGUAAGCCACAAUUCAUCAGGAUUUUUCAUUCGAAUCUCUCGGAAAAGAUGAUGUUGCCUGCUAGGUUUGUGAAAGAUUACGUCAGUGAAGAGUGCCUAAACAGCCGGAUAGCCAUCAUUUUCAGCCCCAUUGCCAAAUUUUGGCGUGUUGAGCUUAAGAACGAUCAAUCAGGCAUCUUCUUCACAGGUGGCUGGUCACAGUUUCUAGACUUCCAUGGAAUAAAGAAUGGUGAAGUUUUGCUCUUGAAAUACGAAGGGAACAUGGUUUUCAAAUUCAAAGCAUUUGGACUUAGUGGAUGCCAGAAAGAUUUCAAGAACCAGAAUGCUGGGAUUCAACUAAAUACUAAAAAACAACAGGAAACACCUCCCAUCAGGAAACGUAAAAGCAAUGAUGAGAAGUCAAGCAGUGAAGAAAACAAGAGGCUAAAAACUCCAGUGACUUCUCCAUCACCUUCUGAUCCGUCACUGGAAAAACCCUAUCAGAUUGGGACAUCAUCUUGGAUAAAGAAAAGGAUCAACACCUAUGCACUUGAGCAAUUUCUUGCGUUAUCAGUGAAGUUCUGCAACUCGAUUGGGUUCCGGAUGGCUUGCACAAUCACCCUUAAGACAGCAACGAACAGCACCAGAUCAUGGCAGGUGCGUGGUACUGCAUACAAGUGGCAUCGCUACAUCAUCGGAGUGGGCUGGAAGAGCUUCUGCCAGGAUAACAGACUCAAGGCAGGCGACCUGUGCACCUUCAACAUCAUCGAGACCACGCUGUGGCAUGUUACUAUCACGCGCUCAGCAUUAGCAGCAGAUACUUUUAAUAAGCAAAAAAAGCCACCUUGUUCAUCCAGUAGGGACAAGAAGGGCAGUUCAAGCAGAGAAGGAGCAAAGAGGCCGAAACCUUCCAUGGCACAUUUCAGCAAGGUUCAGGUUCCGCCAUCGUACGCAAGACGAUGUGCCUACGACGUUGGACCGCCGCCCUGGAUACGGAAGCAGAUGAAUGCCAGCACAAUAAGAAAUCGUCUUUGUCUGGCACCGGCCUUCUGCAAUCAGAUUGAGUUGCGGCGACGCUGCGAGAUCGUGCUCAAGACCUCGAUCAACAGCAAUCAUUCUUGGCGGGUUGGUGGUCUCUCGCAGAAGAAGGGUAGUUACAUUAUUGGGCCCGGUUGGAAAAAAUUCUGCACGGAGAACAGAGUUAAGGUUGGUGAUGUCUGCACCUUCAAUGUCAUCGAAACCCAGCUGUGGCAUGUCGUCAUCACACGCCGUUGCUAAGCUAUGGCUGUUGCAACCAGCAUAGCUUGGGUUUGUUGUAACUAGUAUGUUCGUUUGACUUUAAUCCGUACCAGCUUUUACUGGUUCUACGGUGUUUUUACCUCUUCUUAGGGAAUUGGCUGCACUUGCAUGUUUCGAAACACUAGUUUGACACUAUGCGUGAAAUUAAACUAGCUCACGUUAACAAAUCUCCUUUUUUUA